UUCGCCUCACGGGAAGCCGGAAGUCGCCGGGCUUGCUGACGUGUUAAUAGGCGCUCCGAUGAUCCAGCGGAGUGUGGCGGAUGAAUAGCCGGCAUGGAGGUCCUUUACCACCAGACCAACAAGCAGAUCCAUGAAGUUCAGUCGUACAUGGGCCGCCUGGAAACCUCAGACAAAGAGUCUGUUCACUUGGUAGAAAAUGAAAUUCAGGCACGAAUAGACAGAAUUUUUAGCAAUCUAGACCGACUGGAAAUCUUCUGCAACAAGGAACCUCCAAACAAGCGGCAAAAUGCCAAACUCCGGGUUGACCAGUUGAAAUACGACAUUCAGCAUCUGCAGACAGGAUUGCGAAAUUUCCAGCAUCGUCGCUAUGCAAGGGAGCAGCAAGAAAGACAACGUGAGGAGCUUCUGACUCGAACAUUCACCACUAAUGAUUCUGACACCACCAUUCCAAUUGAUGAAACAUUACAAUUUAAUGAAUCCCUUCAAAAUGCACACCGUGGCAUGGAUGAUCUUAUUGGCAGCGGAACCAGCAUCCUACAGGGCCUGAGGGAUCAGAGAGUGACAUUAAAGGGCACCCACAAGAAAAUAAUGGAUGUUGCCAAUAUGCUUGGUUUAUCUAAUACAGUCAUGCGUGUCAUUGAGAAACGUGCCUUCCAGGAUAAGUACUUCAUGAUUGGUGGCAUGCUUGUGACAUGCAUAAUCAUGUUCCUCGUAGUGCAGUAUCUUACUUGAAAGGCUGAAGAACAUACUACCAGACUGGGUUGGACUUCUUUUCUACUCUGACUUUCAGCAUAACUGUGAACCUCCUGGAUUGGCUACAGCUGCCAUGUGACUCAAAAGAUGCUCGAGUUGAGUGGCUUAUAUAGAUUCUGUGUGCAGGGAUGCUUAUCUACACAACACUCAUCACUUUUCAGUCAUUUAGCGGGUAUCCUGCCAUGUGACUCUCAGCCUUAGUUGAUGAGGGCAUGAGCUGUCUCCUUUAGUUCUCUUAAUAAUCCUGGUAUAAAGCCUCUUAACAAAGUGGCCAAUAAACGAAGUAUUACUAUUGGAUCUAUAGAUUUCAUAGUUCCACAAGAUCUAGAUGUCUAUGAACACUGUAAUUAUUAGUGAAAAUGAAGCAGCUUGGCUUGAAGGACUUGUUGGCUUAACUUAUUGCAGGUGUGGGACAUAGAGAGACUGUCUUGUUCCCAGCAAUGAUUAAAAUAAAUAGAAAUCCACUUA